AUGGCUCUCCAACCGCCGCAUUCCGACGAAAAGCUCCCGGCAUACGAGUCGACGGCUCGCGUUGUACUCAAACAGCAUGGCCCUCGACGACAUUACCUCGUGAGGCGAGUCAUCCCAGCUAUCCUGACGAUACUGGUGAUAUGUUCCCUGUUUCGUACUGCCUUCGUCUGUCACCACCACUACCACCCGCACCUAUGGCGAACACCCGCACCCAUCGUGGAGGAUGAGGCCGCAGAGAGCAAAGUCCCGCUGGAAAUACACGUCAUGUCCAAGUGUCCCGACGCAAGGGAUUGCCUGCGCGAGCUGAUUGUACCAACGAUGAUCCAAGCCAAUGAAAAGGUGGAUUUCGCAAUGUCAUUCAUUGGAAGCGUCGAUCCCAAUUCCGAUGCGGUUUCGUGUAAGCAUGGACCGGGCGAAUGCCUGGGCAACAUCAUCCUCCUCUGCGCUGCGAAAGUCUAUCCCGAAGUCAAACUCUGGCUCGGAUUCGCAAACUGCAUGAUCACCGACUACCCCGACAUUCCAAAGCGAGACCUUGUCCAGAGCUGUGCCAUGGAACACGGUCUUGAUUUCCAGCAGCUCAAUUCGUGUAUCAGCGAGGAAGGAGAAGGAAUCGAUUUGCUUCGAGCCAGCAUCGAGAGAAGUCAAGAGAACAAUGUCACAAGGAGUUGUACAGUCAGGCUCGCGGGAAAGGUGCGAUGCAUCCGUGACGGUGGGGAGUGGUAUGAUUGUCCCGGUGGCAGCUCCGUGGACGCUCUUGUUGACGAUAUCAACAAUUUGUAUGGCUAA